AUGACAUCUCCCCAAGCAUCUCCAACUGGAUUCAACCUUACUCGCGACGCAGAGCUUCUCAUCCAGACGUUUCUCCCGCCAUCAUCACACGCUACGACAACUAGUAGCUCAAAGGCAACCAGCUUUGCCACUCCCAUAUUCGCCGUAUUGGAGUCUGUCGAUAUUUCACAGGAAGAGCUGUUGGCGUUUAUCGAUGGGCUGAACCUCGCAAUGACCGCCAGUCCACCGUUGCGCGUCGUUUCAUUGGCUGGCAUCGUAAUUGGGUUCAUCCUUUAUCACUGGGCAAUGAUCGCUGGAGCCGCCAUUCAAACUGGUGCCCAAGUCGGUAUGCUCUCCAAGACACUCACCGACCGCUACCUACGUGCCGCCAAUAACCAACUUUUUAAACCUCAGGCCCUCGCUGGUUUCAACUCGGGAGAAGCGAGCUCCGAGUCCAAGCUGGAUAAGUUUAAACGUCAAGUGGGGUCAGUCGCAAUGAAGGUGCCUUUGCCCCUUGCGGGUAUGCUCGUUUAUGCUGUUGCCAAAAAACCUCCCAAAGUCCCUGCGAUGGACCCAAGCGCACGACCAGAAAGCAAGAAGCUUCUGGCGACAUAUAGACGCGUCGCUUCUUUGGAUGGAUUCAUCUUGCCACUCGAUUUUGAAAUGCCCAAGCCAGCCAUGGCCGACGGUGUUAUGGAUACGAUGGCAUCCUGGGGGGUGAGAUUUGACGGAUGGCUAGAGACUCGCAAGCAGUCUCGAGCGGAAGACAAGCGUCUCCAACUGGAAGCUUUGGACUCGGAUCGAGAUUCGCGCUCGAAUCAUGAGCAGCCAUCACAAUCUGGGGUCCUCUGCAAUGGCCUAUUUGGCACCCGAAGGUCUCUUGGAGUGGGGGGUGGCCUUAUUGGUGGCACUAUCAACCUGGCCGUGAAUGCGUUGGACCGCAACAACGACCGUGACAACAGAAACCCGCCGCCAUCCAGCAAUAACAGGGCCCGCGUUGGACAAAUACAAAGUGGACUCGCGGGUCUGCUCGCCCAGAGGGGUAUCGGCCUACGCGGUGCACGUGGUCUGCAGGACCGUGAGAAAGACCGCUUACGCAUGUUACUGUGGGUGGUCAUUAUGAAUGCCGAUCUAGAUGCGGAAAUUCAAGGUAUUGAACGAGCGGAUGGCUUGGAAGACUAUGAGGAGAUCAAUGAAGAGGCAUGGCGAGCGGAAAUGACAUUGGAGAGGCAGGAAAUGGGGCUUGAUAGCCAGAUUGACGGUCAAGUUAGCACUCAAUAG